AAACAAAUAUUUAAAUUAAAUAACAAUGAAAUAAUAGAUAUUUUUACGUAAAAUCAAAUUUUACAGAAAGCACAGUUAGAAUUUCAAACAAUUUAAUAUUAAACGAAACUGAUUGUCCUGUUGGUUAAUUAGACAUCUUUAGAAUCAGUAUGAUGAUGUAAACAAGAGUAAUGACAGUAGUAUAAUAGUGAAAAUAAAUGAUUUAAAAUGAGUGAUAAUUACAAUGAAAUUGCUAAAAAGUUAGAAGAGUACAGAAAGAAAAAACUUAAAAAUUCUCAAAAGAUAAAAUGUGAAGAAGAAGAUAAGGAAUUGAAAGAAAAACUUUUGGCCGAAGAGACUGAUUCAAACGCUCUAAGUAGUUCUGAAGAAACUGAAAUAGACGAUAACUUUCAACCUCUCUCUAUACUAGACUACAUAUACUAUGUAUUAUGUUUCACUUUCUGGGCUAUACUUUACGCCAUUUUUAUCAAACUACAAUUUGGUACAAUAUUUUUUUUGAUAUCUUGUUUAGUUGGUAUAUGUAUAAACACCCGGACGCGACCGAAAAAGAAAGGUGAAAUUAGCGCUUAUUCAGUGUUCAAUAAAGAUUUUAAAAGUAUAGAUGGAACUCUGAAAGCUGAACAGUUUGAAAGGGAAAUUAGAUUAAAUUCAUCCGAUUCAAUUCGAAAAAUGGAAUUCUGGGAAUCAAAAUAGAGACCACCAAGUUUCCAGUGUUAGUUACCUCCAAAGACGUUUUUUAAAUCUGUUUAGUGUUUCAGACAGAGUGAAAGGAUG